AUGGCGACGCUAGAUAUAAGACAAGAACCAUUCCCAGCACGGAGUCGAGCAGCUUCUGGGUUAGUCAAUGGAGUUGCCACAGAAGUGUCUUUGUUAGAAUUUUCCGACAAGAUGAUGAUUACAAUCAGCCAAGAAGGACGAUUGGCUCAAUGGAUUCAAGUCCCUAUGAUGGGAACAUCUGCGGGCAUUGUUGACAUGGCUUUACCGAGCGGCAAGUAUGGAUUACUCCCUUCUACUCAUCUCGCGCCAAAGACGCUGCUUGGUGGAGGAGGCGAUAGUCGAGAAACGCUUGGACAGCUUUACGCCUCGCAGAUUGCAAGCCACAUAUCCCUACGGUCACCGGAGGAGAGACGGACGCUGGUAUUCGGAUUUGGGCUGGCAAAGGCUGAAAAGGAACAGGAGGCUUUCUUUGAUCUCUUUGAGCUGGCUCUCAAAGUCCUAUGA